CCCGCCCGAAAGUUUACACGGCUGGCCUUAACCAAUGGCGGGUUGCGGCGGCGAGCCAGGCCUGUGGGGUGGUGUGUGUUUUUUUUUCCCCUCUUUUUUUUCUCCCUUUUUUGCCCCCGCCUUUGCCAGUGAACUCAUGAGUGAAAUAUGACAUUCCGGCCGUAAAGAAAAGAGGGCGAGGAGGAAAGAACGAGGGAGGAACGGAGGGGGAAAAUUUAAACCUGCAGGCGACGAACUCCGGGCUUGAACCCUUCCCGGGCUCAGAAAGGGCGGGGUUGCGCCGAGCUUUUCUCAAGUUUUCGCCUACUGCAAAGAAGCCUUUGAGGAGCUCGGAGUCGGGGCCGAUUGCGUUCCUGCCCUCGAGAAGACACCGCGAAAGAUCGCAGCGGCCCAACGUUCUCUAGCCUCGCCGCGAUGGGGGAGGACGGAGUGCAAGCGGAGAAGAGCAGCGCGUACGUUUCCCCCAACUCCGAUGGGCCUCUGGAUGCCAGCAAUCCCAGCCCGGUGCCCUCGGGCAGCCGCAGCCCCAGCUUGCAGCCGCCAGCGCCGGGCGAGGCGAUUCGGGACAGCUCGCAAGUCAACGCCAUCACGGUGCUGACUCUCCUGGACAAGCUGGUGAACAUGCUGGACUCGGUGCAGGAGAAGCAGCAGAAGAUGGAGCAGCGGCAGAUCGACCUGGAGGGCUCGGUCAAGGGCAUCCAGAGCGACCUGAGCAAGCUGUGCAAGAACCACACGUCCACCAGCAACACGGUGGCCAAGCUGCUGGAGAAGUCGCGCAAGGUCAGCGCCAACACGCGCGAGGUGCGCGAUCGCAUGGACCGCCAGUGCGCCCAGGUGAAGCGCUUGGAGCACAACCACGCGCAGCUCUUGCGCCGCAACCACUUCAAGGUGCUCAUCUUCCAGGAAGAAAAUGAAAUCCCUGCCAGCGUAUUUGUGAAAGAGCCUGUUCCCAGUAUUACUGAUGGGAAGGAAGAGUCUGUCGAUGAGAACAAAACCUUGGAAGAAACCUUGCACACUGUAGAGUUAUCCUCAGAGGAUGAGGUGCCCCACGAUGACCUUGCAGAAGACAGCAUGGAUGAGAAAAUAGAGGAGUCCAGAGCUGAGAAGAUCAAGAGAUCGAGCCUUAAAAAGGUCGACAGCCUGAAGAAAGCAUUUUCCCGCCAAAAUAUUGAAAAAAAGAUGAACAAGAUCGGCACCAAGAUUGUCUCUCCUGAACGGAGAGAGAAGAUCAAGAAGUCUUUUACCCCUAACCAUCAGAAGUCCUCAUCAAAAAGUUCAUCUUUCAAGGUCUCUCCUCUGACAUUCAACGUGAAGAAAGUCCGUGAUGGAGACACAUCUAUAGAAGUAGAAGAUAAGCCAGUGGAAGCAACUGGCAGUGAGCAUGCAGCCAGUGAAGAAACCACCCUCACUUCAGAUGUGGUCUUUUCUGCUUCUCCAGUGGAAGAAGGAAAAGCCUUUGCUGAUUCCUUGGAAAAAGAGUCGGGAAGUGAAGGAGAGGUGAUGAUCAACAACAACAUUGAGCUUGCAAUUGUUGAAGAAGAUGAUGACUAUAGAGCUUCAUUAGAAAUCAGACAAGAACUUUAUGAGGAAAGAAACAAGCCGACCAGUGAAGAAAUGGAAUAUUCUGAAGAAUCCAAUCAAGCAGCUGUCCUCCACGUAAACCAAACAUCAUAAAUUGCCUGUGUCCUUUCUACAAAUGAUAUUUUUAAUUAUAUCAGUCACCAGAAUAUGUCUGGUAUACUAUAAAUGUGGGGUCUCAUAGCGCAUCACAGUGGAAUUGUUGGUUUUAAAACGUAGAUUUCCUUACAAAACUGUUUUGUUCACUCAGUUAGCAUCGACUCCCAUAGUCAAAAGUAGGGCUGUUCUCCAAAUAACACAAAAGCAGAUUUCUUCGCAUUUCAUGAGCCUCUUUCCAUCGCCGCUUCAACCCUCUUCCUACUUUCUAAUGUUUCUUCACUUUACUUAGAAUGUGUUUAAAAGAAGCGUUCAAGACAAUUAGGCCAUUUGGCCAUUUAAAAUGCCUUUUAAAUUUUAGUUAAGAAUAUAAGCAGUGCCCUGCUAGAUCAGACCAGUGAUGAAAUCCAAUUUUUUUUUACUGCCGGUUCUGUGGGUGUGGCUUGGUGGGCAUAGCUUGGUGGGCAUGGCAGGGGAAGGAUAAUGCAAAAUCCCCAUUUCCUCCCCACUCCUGGGGGAAGGAUAUUGCAAAAUCUCCAUUCCCACCCCACUCUGGGGCCAGCCAGAGGUGGUAUUUGCUGGUUUUCCAAACUACUCAAAAUUUCUGUUACCGGUUCUCCAGAAUCUGUCAGAACCUGCUGGAUUUCACCCCUGGAUCAGAUCCCUAUGCCGCAUCUAGUCCAGCAGAAUGUUCUCUGGCCAUCUUACUAUAUAAGGAAGCUCAUUUGUCUCCCAGCAGAUUCAGGGAGGUGACACUGCCAUCAAUUCCUUGAUCCCCAAGACUUCCAUGAACUGAUCCAACCGUUGUUGUUGUUGUUUUGGGGGGGGGGGGUUAAAGCCAGCCAAGCUGGUAGCCAGCGCCACAUCACAUGGUACUGAAUUCCACAGUGUAAUUACGGGUUGUGUUAAAAAAAAAAAAGUCCUUUGGUCAGUGCUGAUUCUUCCAAUGUAUUCAAUUUGGUUCUAGUAUUUUGGGAAGAGGAAAAUAGCUUUUUCUCUUGCCCACUUUAUCUAUGCCAUGCAUAAUUUCAUAGUUAAAGUGUUAUUGAAGAUUUGCAUAGAUCCAUGACCCUCAUCCCCAUCUACAAUCAGUUCUCAGUGGGGAAGGCAUGACUAUUAAAUGGUGCAAGAAUUAUCUUAUUUUUUCAAAUACAGAUUCCAAGUUUUCUUCAAUUUAAACUGUGGGUGUGCAUUGAAAAGACAGUUUCCUGCAUUCUGCUUGGCUCAUUGUCCCGGAAAAACUGUCUCUUUUGGAGGGAACUGUAAAAUCCAUUGCAGUAUCCUCUUUGCCUGUUAACUUUCUCCUACUAACUGCUUUUUAAGUUACAAUCCAAUUAUAAGCUAAACUCUUUCCCAUCUAUGCAAUUCAUUGCCUUUUCCUAACCUAUGGAAUCCUCAAAGUUUGUAAUUUCCAUUCUUGAUGUGCUGUGACUAUCCCAGCACAAAGUAAGAGUGAACUUCAUGUGACAAGAGCUGAUAUGGAAAAUGCAGAAGUGAAUUACUGAAAAGUACAGCUUUUGACAGUAUACUUAUACACGUUAGGUGCAGAUGCACUGGAAAAGAUAUUUUUAGCAUGUACAAUUGAUUUGAGAAACAAAUUACUGUGAAGAGGCUGUACCUCAACAAAAAUGAAUAUGGGAUUUUUGCUUCCUUAUCGCUGUUCAGUCCCUUAGUUAAUUAAUAACUAUUGAUACGGAACAAUUAGGCGGUUGAGUUUUCUGCCUAAAAGUGUCUGCAUCAAUGUAUUUUGUUUUAUUGAUGUUGAGAAUAUUCCUUUAUCCACCUCAGCUUCUUGCAAAAUGAGCUUUAGUCUUGUUUUGUCCUUUCAAAUAAAAGGAAAUCAAGGUCUUGUGAAACUACAAGUAAUCCUCGAGUUACAACAGUUCAUUUAGUUACCAUUCAAAGUUUACAACAGCGUUGAAAAAAGUGGCUUAUGACCCUGUUUCACGCUUACGAUCAUUGCAGGAUCCCAUGAUCAUGAGAUCAAAAUUCAAAUGCUUGUCAACUAAUUCUUAUUUAUGAUGGCUGCAGUGUCCUGGGGUCAUGUAACCACUUUUUGCAACCUUCUGACAAGCAAAGUCAAUGGGGAAGCCAGAUUCUCCUAACUGUGUUACUAACUCAACAACUGCAGUGAAUCACUUAACAACUGUGGCAAGAAAGGUGUACAAUAGAGCAAAACUCACUUAACAACUCUCUCGUUUAGCAACAAAAAUUUUGGGUUCAGUAAUGGUCGUAGGUCGAGGACUAUCUGUACAGUGCAGUCUUAUAGCUUGCGUUCUGAAGUCAAUCCUACCAAGUCUGUUUGGACUUACUUUCAGAUGACUACAUGUAGGAUUACAGCCGUAGUGUAGUAAGUAGUAAUCAAAGGUAAUAUAUGUUAAGAUCUAUUGUAGAUUUUUUUUUCCAUGUGUACCUUUCCAUCAUGGAACAGUAUUUCCCCCCACACACACACACAAUCGAUAAGAUACCUGUCUAGACAUAAAACUAUGAGAUCAGUAAGAUGCAUAUCUUGUCUUAGUGUCUAAAUUGAAAAUAACAUGGUAUGUUAGGGAGUGUCUGUGCACCGCAGAAACUGAUGGUCUACAACUCGCAUUAGACCCAGCCAGAAUAGUCAGUGAUCAGGUUGAUAGGAGAAUAUCGUCUAUGUUCUCCCCAACUGACAUAGGGCAAAAAUAUGUUGAGGAACACACAAAGGCAAAUAGGAUCUCUUACUUCCUUAUCUAGUUCCAACAUAAUAUUCAAAACAAGGAGGGGAUACUAUCUUUCCUAGCCGAGAAAGUUGCAGGUACUAUUUUGCUCAUUUGCCAAGACUGGCGUGCCGCGUGAGCAAAGUAGCAAGGAGCAUUCCUCCUUCCACACAUGCACCCUAUGGUUGCACCAUAUCCUAAGUCAGCAAAGAUAUUCUGUCACAAAAGAAUCCCCUCGUGUAGCUCUCCACAGCCUUGGCAAGUUGCUUCCCUUUCAGGAAAGCCCAGUUUUGCUUCCUGAGGCAGACAUGCCAUCUCUUGAAAGGCCGGAUUGUUCCUGUGAGGUAACAUGUUGCUUCACAACUACUAUGGAAGGCAACAUAGGUUAUGGGUGGGGUAGCAGAUCAAGCAAACUUACAAUGGAAUGUCUGUAUAGGUGCUUAGGAUAACUUGCUUGCUUCUGUUCCAUGCAGCCUUAAGUUGAUCAUUAAUGUAUAUAGAUAUAGAUAUAUGUUUUAUGUUAGAUUUAUUUUAAGAGAGAAUACAUUUAAAAGAAUAAAGAAAAAUAUUAUUUGCUUAAUAAAAACAAUUACGUUUUAAAUGGCCAAAGGGAGAUUAAAGGAUAUAUAUAUAUUGUAAUCUAAGUAGUUCAUAGAAAUAGGUGAUCAAAUAGUGAUCUAUGCACCAAACUACUGUAUUUUAAGAGUGUAGGGUGAAAGAUGGCUUGGCAUAUUGCAAGAUGAUCAAAUGAAAGUUCAAAGAAUAUAUAAUAAAAUAAGAGAGGGGCUUUGAUAAUAAGAUACGUACUUAAGUAGCCCAAAUAUAUUAUCCAGGGAAGAUAUAUUUUUAUUCUGGGUGGGUCUGCACAAUGUUACAGAGAAGACUGUUUUGAAAAGUGUAUCCAUGGAUUAUUUGUAAGUGUAUAUUACAAAAAAAAAAAAAAACCAGUUCCCAUCAACAAUAUGAAUUUUAACUUCCUUGUUUGCUUUGGGUGCUUAAGUGUGCAUAGCCACACAGAUGAAAACCCAAAUGUGGAAUAUAUAUAGAUCAGCUAGGAAUUUAACAAUAUGAAAUAAUCCUACUGAACAUCGACAGUGCCCAUCAGACCGUAAUUUUAAUAGUCUCUGUUUUAUUUUUAACAUUCAUCAGCUGCACGAAGGAUUAUUAAUAUCACCUGGUCAUUUCUGUGUGGCUUGAAUGUUCCAUGUAAUGUGUAGAAUACGUGCUUGGAUCAGACAUAUGAGAACAGUUCUAAAAGUGGAACAAAUCAUUCCAUUUUUAGCUGGCGAUGUCAGACGAUUUGAUGCCAUUUGAUGGAAUUUCUGUUUGAGUUUUUAAAAAAAUAUUGACUUGAGUGAUAAAAGGCAAUGAAUGUGAUUCUGAAUGGAUUUCUUCUGUGUAAAACAAAUAUCAGCUCUGCCUGUGGGUAGUUAUGUUUCCUUUCAGGGGGGUUUUGUACGUGAAAAUUUUCCACUGGAUGGGAUGGGGACGUUGCAUCCACCACCUUGGGCACCAUGCAAUACAUAGUAGAUUUCACAGCCAUGUAGAAGCUGGAAUUUCCGCAUAUGAGAGGCAUUGUGACCAAACUAUUCAGACAUGAAAGUGCAUUCCUACAGCAUGUAUUCAUUCUAUUUGAAUUCUUCAUUCUUCUUAAUCAGAAGUGUAAUCCAGCAAUAUAUAAAUGCCUGACAAUCUUAUAUCAAUAUAUAUAUACAUAUAUACAUAUAUAGUAUAUAAUUUCCCUUUUAAUAUUGAUAUACUUAACUUUUGCAUAAAUUGCACUAGAAAUGUGUGGGUUUCCACGCAAUAUAUUUAACACUGCAAUUUUGUUUCAAAAAGUUUUUUAAGAGACUAUAUCUAUAGUUAGUAAGCAAUUCCAGAUGGAGUAUCUCAUACAGUCAUUUGAUGUGUCUCUGGAUGUUGAUCAGAGUUUAUUUCCAAGGAGGAUUUUUUUUUUGACAGUUAAUUUUUUUUUAAUAAUUGCAAUAUUAUGAGAGAGUUACAAUCAAUAGAAAUAACUGCAAUAUAAUCACACAUUUGCCUUCAUUUGAUUUAAUAUCAGUGCCUGUUACUAACUACAGAUGUGUUCAGCUAAAUAAAAAGCAAACUGAGUUACA